AUGUAGCUUAUCUCCUUGAGCUAUAUAUACCCCACAUUCAAUAAUAAUGAAGGAAUGCCUAAUUGAAGAGUCAUUAAAAUAUAUUUUCCUGUAAACAUGUACAUGUAGCUUAUCUCCUUGAGCUAUAUAUACCCCACAUUCAAUAAUAAUGAAGGAAUGCCUAAUUGAAGAGUUAAUAGUAUUCAUUUGAUAUUUUUGUUGGUUUAUCGACCUUUCCCUUAUUGACAAGAGAUUCCAGGACAUAAAGCUUCGAUCUGUCAGUUCUGUCAGAUCAGAUCACACACUGUACACGAAUCUUUAGGUAUUAAAAAUAAACUCUCAAGAUGAGGCUCAAAAGGAACGGCGUGCUGGGUAUGAUGGCCAUUGUGCUCUUGACUCUGAUAGCCCAACUCUUCAUUCUCUCUGCUCUCUUCAAUUAUUUCAGUCCCUCAGUGCAUCAUCCCAGGCUUGUACAUGCAUCAUUACUGGAACCAAAACAUCACCCGAGAAGUUUGCAAGACUUUGAGGAUUCUCCAGCAGCAGCCGAUGUAUCACUUGCAAAUAUGAGGUCCGUAAAACAGUCUCCCCAAAUGGACGAUGAUGAAAAUCUAACUGAUGAUGCUUUCGAGGAGACGAUAGUGCAGAGAAAAAAGUCCAAAGAAGGUAUGGACGAAUUGGAAAAAGCUCCUAAACAUCACGACAAAGAUGAAUCGCACCAGGACAAAAAUGAAUUGCACUACGACAAAGAUGAAUUGCCUAUCGACAAAGAUGAAUUGCACGACAACAAACAUGAAUUGCACGACGACGGUCAUAUGGAGUACAAACAAGAUAUUGGGCUAGAUACAAAAGAGAAGCCUCCUAAUGACUUUAGUAGGGAAUUCACUGGUUUAAGGCGAGCUACAGUACGAUAUAUAGAUGUAUCCACCACAGAAAAACGUCGAGUUUUGAAUCGUCCGUCAAAAAAAUCAGAAUCUAUAGAACUAGGUAAGAAUGAAGAGCUAAUGAAAAACUGGGAGAAACAUCAACUGAAAAUAAUCAAAACAAGUGGUAAACUGAAAUCACUUUUAGCUCGAGUCAAUCCCAUGGAUUCAUACCGUCAAUCGCUUAAAAUCCCUGGCCUGAAAUCUGGAGUCUCUAUUAGAGACUAUGUGGCCCGUAUUCAAUCUCUAGGCAGAAGCAGCAAUCUCACUCAAUUCUUAAAAGACUUUUGCAGUGGUUCUGUUGAAGAAUUACUCGAAUGCUCAAAUAAAAAGAUGCGGAAACUUACCCCUCACGAAGAACAAGGUAGAAACAUUAUGUUCACCAUACGAACGACGAAAGAUUACCAUGAAACGAGACUGGGGGUGAUGUUUGAGACGUGGGUGAUGACGUUGUAUCCCGAGUCGCUGUUCCUGGUGACGGAUGAUGAAGACAGUGAGCUAGCGGAGCAACUGGAGGAGGUGGGCAUGCACUACAUCAAUGCCAAGUCUGGACACACCCACAACAGAGUGGACCUGUGCUGCAAGGCAGGAGUGGAGCUGGAGCUAAUGUUUCAGCCUGAGAAUAAGCACUUUGACUGGAUAUGCCAUGUUGAUGAUGACAUGUAUGUGCAUGUACCACCGUUGGCCCGGCAACUCUCUAAGUUCGACCCUCGCACAGACCCUGUGUAUCUGGGAAGGUCUGGCUCUGAAUGGGACUCUCCUCGCAUUGUCAACAUCACCUCAAAACUGGGCAAGCCUGGACAAAAAUAUCACUUUGCUGUUGGAGGAAUGUACUGUCUUAGUAGAGCCAUGUUGGAGCUCGCCAAGACUUAUCUAGUUGGUUGCCAUGCCUUUAACGAGUCUUGUAGCAAGACGCAAAUGCCUGAGGACGUCACAGUGGGACUAGUCACUGGUGCAGUACUGAGGAAGCCACUCACCCACACACAGAUGAUCUGGACCCAUGGAUUGGACCUGCUCACCUCUACACCUUCCCCCUACAUCAGAGACAUGAUAGCGUUCUCCAAUGGGUUUGGGGCUGGUGCUCCUUGGAUGCCUGUGCCUAACGUAGUAUUUGUCCCCGGGGCACUGUUCAGUAUCGACGAGGAUCUCACACAGUUCAAGUCUAUUCACUGCCAUAUCUACCCAACCCUUCACUGGUGUAUUGACCAGAAAAGAUUCCUCGUUGAAGCCAGGGAAAAACGAAAACAAGAGGGAAAGCAUACCUGUGUCUGUGCCUGGGAGACGUACAUGUGUUGUGAGAUCAUCAGGUCGGGAUACUUUGAGACUGUCUCCACUGGAGAAAAAGCUAACGCUGAACAUAAAAAUAAACCGAGACCAGAAGAAACACAAAAUACUAUUAAACAAAAAGCGCUCCGUAGAGGCAAAAAAAUUCCUAAUACCUAUAGACCUAAAACAUCAGAUAGCUGAUAAAAAGUUUGUUAGCCAAUACAGUUAUGUCAUGUAGUUAUUUUUGUCUGUUUUGAGUACUUUGUGUUCACAAUUAAUUUUUCACCAAUUUUCACUAAUUCAAUCUUGCAGCAAAAAUUACAA